CACCGGUGGCCGCCGCGCCGGCGGCAAGUGCGGCGGCGCCGCUUUUGGACCACCAGGACAAGAACUGGGCCAAGUCGGAGAAGAAUCGCGAGAUCCGAAUGAAGGGUGAGGGCAAGAUCCCCGGAUGGAUUGGGGCCAUCUUCUACAUGGUGCUAGGAUUCAUGAAGGAGAUCCUCUUCACCAUUGUGCCGCAGAAGAACGUCACCUUCAGCAGUGACCGUAUCGGACUCACCCGUUCCGCCAUGUUUCUGUUUAUCUUCAUCAUCAUCCACGCCGUGGGCAACCUGCAUGUCUUCCUAGGGCCGGAUGACUUCAACGGCUACGGCUACUUCUACGUGAGGCUUUACUGGACGGGCUUUGGCUUCCAGGCCAACAUCGUGGAGGAGUACAUCCUGCUGGCAGCGCUGCUGCACGUCGUGGUUGCACUGAAGAGGACCUGGGAGAUCAGCAUCAACUAUGCCCUCAACUCCGGCAAGAUGAACCUUGCGCUUUCGGGCAUUAGCUUGCUGACCUUCAUGAUGAUCCACCUCUACCAGUUCCGGUUCGGCGACACCAAGCCCUGGAAGCUUUGCCCUCCGCCGUACCUGCUCAACCUGGACACGCUGCUUCACUUGAGGCUGAAUCUCUUCUGGGUCGACACCCCGGGAUGCGAGUCCGUUUACGUGCGUGACAUCUACCGCAUGGAGUUCGAGAUCUUCCAGUCUCUCGGUUGGGUGCUCUUCUACAUGUCGGCAGUGAUCAUCUUCAGCGUCCACAU